AUGGACUCUGUGAAUUCUGCUAAAAACUGGUUUGCAUCAGUACCUAAUCAGGUUCCUGAACCCGAGUUUUACAAAUUUGCUGAAGAGAGAUCAAUGGAGAAGUUUCAAAUUGGUCAAUGUUGGGCGAUAUACAUCGAUGAAGAUGCCUUGCCUCGAUACUAUGGGCAGAUAAAGAAGAUAUAUCUUCUUCCUAAGUUUGUGUUGCAUGUGGCAUGGUUUUAUGCAUGUCCACUCCCUAAAAGUACAAUACGAUGGCAUGAUAAAACAAUGCCAAUUGGUUAUCGGCAAUUUAAGUUUCAAAAUAGUAAGCUGAACAAAUAUACUGUAACCAACAACUUUUCAUAUGUAGUAGCUGUAGAACCUUUGAAGAAGGAUGUAUACAAGAUCUUCCCUAGAAUAGAUGUGAAGUUCUUAGCGUUGGUAAAAGGCUUCAAGUCUGUCUACAUGGCUCGAGUGGAAGAAGAAGAGGCUGACAAAGUAGUGAAAAUAUGUGUAUCGGAGGAUAUGAGGUUCUCUCAUCAAAUUCCUUCUUUUCGCCUGACAAAAGAGAGAGGUGGUAGCUUGCGAGGUUUCUGGGAGCUUGAUACAGUAGGAAUGUCUCUGAGGACAAUAGCUUACUUUGUAAUCAGUCUCUUUAACAGUAUUCUUAUUAAUGAAGUUGUAUGUGAUUCCAAAGUCUAUGAGUAUGGCCAGAUACCUAUUCUUCACAGUUCCUUUGUCCAAAAUAGUGUUUACCCCCAUAUGGUUUCCUGA